AUGCCGUAUUUUGCCAUCGAAUCUGGUGCUUUCCUUGAAUCCCGACAAAACGAACAUAGUGGCAAACAGCUACCCUCAUUCGAAGCUAUGUCGGCUCGGAGCAAGAUUGAAGCUUUGCGAUUUCAUUACAUGUCGGAAUUGGCAAAAGAAUAUGGCCCCGAAAGCAAAGUCAGGGAACAAACGAAUACUAUACAACUCCCCCAAACCUUGGAUCAAUCACACUUUGCAGCGGACCAGCCGCUCUUGGAACAGGACAUGGAUCAAGUCUUGUAUCGCUACACCGUUAAAAGAGAAAAGGCGAAGGCCAAGCUUCUCAUGGUGAAUCAAUUGUGGCUGUGGAAGAUAGAUAAUCUGGUGGUAACAGCAUUUCCAGAGCCAUGGACCGAUAACAUCGAAAGCACCUUGCGCCACAACUUGGGAGACGCAUACAUCAUCCUGCGCGAAGGUCGAAUUCCCAGACAAGGAGAUGAGGGAAUGGACCCAGAGGACUUUGUAAGUCACAUAAUUCGACAAUGCACAACUAUUUCCGGCCAGCCAGGGUAUGGGGGUUUAGGUGAAACCGAGACCUGGGCGACGAUAUUUUCGAAAAGUAUUUCUGAGCACGGGGCCCUUGAAACACGAAGGUAUAAAGAGUUUGUGGACUAUGUCCACGACAUCAGCAACAACAAUAGCAACCCUGGGCAGUCUAGCGCGCUGUAUGACAUUUACCAGGAGACAGAUGGGUUACGACAAGUCCGAGACGUGAGGGACGAGCUGAAAAUGAUCCGAGCGGUCUGGGAGAAUCAAAAAGCUGUUGAGGACAAACUGGCUUGGAAAUACGCUUACCCAUUAUUGAGUCCGCCAGAUUGGUUUGCCUCGAAUGUUUUGGAUUUCACGAGAUUGGAUGAAGAAGCACAGGGUGUAGAGAAAAGAUUCAAUCAGUUGCUCGAUCUCAAGCAACAGGAAGCCAGCCUGAGCCUUGCUCGAGAGGCCGAUAGACGCGACCGAGACGCGGAGAGGCGCGACAGGGAGAACGAGAAACAGUCCCAGCUGCUCUUCGCCUUCACCGUCAUCACGGUCAUCUUUACACCACUGAACUUCGUCGCGGCUUUCAUGGCCAUUCCGACCAGACAAUUUCCCCAUCAAGGGGACAACGUCAGCUGGAACUGGUGGCAAACGUUCGUCGGCAUGCUCAUCGCGGAGAUUGUUUCCGUACCCACGAUUUGGUUCGCAGUUCAGUCAACACAGUUGCAGGAGCUGUUCAGGGCGAUUUGGGCCAAUCAUGGAAAUGCGGAGGCGCGGCCGGCUGAAGAGGAUGAAGGAUUGCAACCCUCCAAACCCGACAGCAGCCUUGUAUGA